AAGGAGUGGAAGUGGGAGCAGAUUUCUGCUCAUAAAAGAUUCAGAUCAACUGGCGUCAGGAGCAAUAGUUACAGUCAUCCCAAUGGAAAGGACAUCAGUUUCAUUCGGAUUUAUUUGAUCUGAGAAUAUAUCCCAUUCUUUGUGUCAUUAGUUACAAAGAUGUUGAUGACGGAAGAAACUAAGUUAAUGUGUUUCUAGGAUUCUGUACGGCUGGGAGUUGCUUCGUAUCCUAGACUAAAGGAAGUUGGAAAGAUCAGACUACUGCGUGAAUAUAAUCGUACAUUUUUCUUGUUUCAUUUUCCCCAUCCUCAGGCUGUUGAGAGAGAGAGUUGCCACCGUUUACCAUGGUCACUUUGAGAGAGGGUGAUCAUGUGUGGCUGGAGCUGAAAACAGCGAGUGAGUUCAACGUGCCAAUUGGAGCGGUUGUCAAGCUAGCAGAAUCAGGAAAGGUUCUGGUGUUGGACGAUGAAGGGAAGGAACGCUGGUUUAGUGGAAAGGACGUUAAAAAGAUCAAGCACAUGCACCCUACCUCGAUUAAUGGAGUGGAGGACAUGAUCCGUAUUGGGGACCUGGAUGAAGCAGGAAUACUACGCAAUCUCCACAUCAGAUAUAAUGAGACCAUCAUUUAUACCUACAUCGGCUCUAUCCUGAUUUCUGUGAAUCCCUACCAGCUGCUCCCAAUCUAUACCGUUGACCAGAUCAAUCUCUACACCAAUAAGCGUAUUGGAGAGCUGCCACCUCAUGUCUUUGCCAUUGCUGACAACUGUUACUUUAACAUGAGAAAAAAUAAGCAGAAUCAGUGCUGUAUCAUAAGUGGGGAAUCUGGAGCAGGGAAGACAGAAUGUACCAAGCUGCUCUUGCAGUUUCUCACUGCAAUUAGUGGGCAACAUUUAUGGAUUGAACAGCAGAUCUUGGAGGCAAAUCCUAUUCUAGAAGCUUUUGGAAAUGCGAAAACCGUAAAAAAUGAUAAUUCCAGUCGCUUUGGAAAAUACAUAGACAUCCACUUCAAUGAUGAGGGGAUCAUUAUGGGAGCAAGGAUAGAGCAGUACUUACUGGAGAAGUCCCGGGUCUGCCAACAGGCUCCAGAAGAGAGAAAUUACCACAUAUUCUACUGUUUGUUGAUGGGAAUGAGCGCAGACCAAAAGAAACUCCUCAAUUUAGGUACAGCAGGUGAAUAUAAGUACCUAACCAUGGGUAACUGCACAAGUUGUGAAGGACAAGAUGACGUUAGACACUAUGCACACAUCCGCUCAGCCAUGAAAAUCCUGAUGUUCUCAGACAUUGAGCAGUGGGAAAUCAACAGGCUCUUGGCUGCCAUUCUACACCUGGGCAACCUGGAACUCGAAGAGGCUGUAUAUAAUAACUUGGAUUGUUGUGAACUUCGGGAGUCAAUUCAUCUCACCAUGGCAACAAAUUUACUUGCGGUGAACUCAGUGGAUUUGGGGAAUGGACUGACCAGGCGAUCCAUCAUUACCAGAGGAGAAAGCCUCACCACCCCAAUGAGCAAAGUGCAAGCUUCUGGUAAUCGAGAUGCACUUGUGAAGGGGAUAUAUGGCCACCUUUUUGUGUGGAUUGUGAAUAAAAUCAAUGCUGCAAUCUACAACCUACCUUCAAAUCGUUCGCGAGACGUCCACAGAACGAUAGGAUUACUGGAUAUCUUUGGCUUUGAGAACUUCAAGACAAACAGCUUCGAGCAGCUGUGCAUCAACUUUGCCAAUGAGCACUUGCAGCAGUUCUUUGUGCGGCACAUCUUUAAGCAGGAACAGGAAGAGUACAAGCGGGAGAAGAUUGGCUGGCAACACAUUGAUUUCAUCGACAACCAAAAGACACUGGAUGUCAUUGUCAACAAACCGAUGAACAUCAUGUCCAUCAUUGACGAAGAAAGCAAGUUUCCAAAGGGUACUGAUUCCACAUUGCUAGUCAAGCUGAACUCUCUGCACAGCAAGAGCAAUGUCUACAUCCCACCCAGGAGCUCUCAUGAUCCAAUGUUUGGCAUUUCUCACUUUGCAGGAGUGGUGUUUUACCAGGCUAAAGGUUUUCUUGAGAAGAACAGAGAUCAGCUGAGCACCGAUGUCAUUCAGCUCAUGCACGCUUCCCGGAAUAAAUUCCUCAAGACAAUUUUCCAAGUGAGCACCAGAUCAACUCAUGGGAAGACCGGCAACCAUAUCCAAAUCAACACUAGCAAUUCCAUGAAGGGAACUGACAACCAUAAGCAUCUCACCACACUCGGCAAACAGUUCAAACAAUCGUUGGAUGACCUCAUGAAAACUUUGGGUGCCUGUCAGCCUUUCUUCAUCCGCUGUAUCAAACCCAAUGAAUUCAAAAAACCCUUGCUGUUUGAUCGGGAAUUGUGUGUUCGGCAAUUGCAGUAUUCUGGAAUGAGAGAGACAAUCUACAUCCGCAAGUCUGGCUAUCCCAUUAGAUAUAGCUUCCUCGAUUUUGUGGACCGAUACAAGGCUUUAUUGCCUUCAUCAAAGUGGAGCAUGAAGGAGGAGAAAGUUCAAUCAUGCUGCAAACAGAUUGUAACCUCAGCGAUUGGAGCGGACAGUGAUUGGAAAAUAGGGAAAACAAUGAUCUUCAUGAAGGAUGAGCAAGAAUUGGUGCUCGAGCUCAAGCGAGGCAAAAUCUUAACAACAAAAGCUCUGAUCAUUCAGAAAGCGCUACGUGGGUUCAAAGACAGGAAGAAUUUCCUGAGGCAGCGCCGCUCAGCCUUGCAGAUACAGAGCUACUGGAGAGGAUAUCAGAGUCGUAAGAAGUGCGUAGAGAUGUCUCUGGGUUUUGAAAGGUUGCAGGCAUUUUGCCGAGGCCGCAUGGUUGCCAAACGAUACAAAAUGGCACAAAAUCACAUCAUCCUGCUUCAGGCCCGCUGCCGGGGGUACUUGGUACGGCAAGACAUGGUCAAGCGUUUGGAAGCCUUGACCACUAUCCAGGCCUACACCAGAGGGCUGCUGAUACGAAAGAGUUACCGGAAAAAGAAGAGAGAUGUUCAAAGGCGUCUUGAGGCAGAGAAGCUUUGCGCUGCAGAGGAGAUGCGUCUUGCGAAGGUGGUGGGCCUAACAAAAGCUAGAGAAGAAGCUAUGAAACGACAGAAGGAACAUUUGGGGAGAUUGGAACAGCAGGAUGAGGAGAAUGAGAGACUGAGAAGAGAACGGUAUUUAUCCCAGCAAGAUAAGAAUGAAUCUCUUAACGACCUUGAUUUGGUUGACAACAUCUUCGGCUUUUUACCCAGUGUGAUCGCAGGCCAAGAAGGAUUUGAGGACUUGGAAGAGAAACGCGAGAAACUUGAGGAGUCUGAUUUGGACGAUUACCCUCUUUCACAAGAGGAAGAGGAUGAUCUUGCCCGAUACACCUUCCCAAGCUUUGCUGCCACCUACUUCCAAGGAUCCGUGACUCACACUCAUUCUCGUAAACCACUCCGUCACCCACUACUGUUCCAUGAUGAUGAAGUUGACAUUCUAGCUUCUUUGGCAGUCUGGAAUAUUAUCCUAAGGUUCAUGGGAGAUCUUCCGGAGCCCAAACAAUACACCCAGAAAUCUGAGCCGAGGAAUGACUCCUCCAUCAUGACACAGAUAUAUGACAGUCUCGGCAAGAAGAGCCAAGUCCGCAUGUCCUCAAAGACAUCUGUAUAUGAGAGCCAGAGUCAAAAAGGGAACUUCAAAAAAAUGGCGCUCUUGAAUCUAAAGCAUUCUUCCAAAUCAACAGGAAAGGCGGCAUCUAAUGAAACCAUUGGAAAGGAAAUACUAUUGGGUGAGAGUCCUAUCUCAGACAGGCCAAUGUCAAACCUACAAAAGCUUCAUUUCAUUGUUGGGAAUGCCAUCGCCAGGCCUGACAUCAGGGAUGAGAUUUAUUGUCAGAUCUGUAAGCAGCUGUCUGAGUGCUACAACAAGAAUAGUUUCGCCAGAGGCUGGAUUCUCAUGUCCCUCUGCAUUGGCUGUUUUCCGCCUACAGAAAAGUUUAUCAAGUACCUGCUUAACUUCAUUCAAAAUGGACCUUCUGGAUAUGCCCCAUACUGCAGGGAAAGGCUGCAACGUACAUCUGCGAAUGGAGCUCGGACUCAGCCACCAAGCUAUCUGGAGCUUGAGGCAACCAAAUCAAAGAAGCCAAUAAUGCCACCAGUGAGGCUGAUGAAUGGAUUGAGACACACAGUCCCAAUAGACUCUGCCACCACAGCCAAUGAGAUGUGCAAGUAUCUCUCAGAGAAAAUUGGAUUGAAGGAUUCUUUUGGAUUUUCAAUCUACGUCUCGCUGUAUGAUAAAGUCUUCUCUCUUGGUAACGGCAAGGAUCACAUAAUGGAUGGCAUCUCGCAAUGUGAGCAGUACAUGAGGGAGCAAGGCGGGCAGGAACGCCAUACCCCGUGGAGGCUUUUCUUCCGGAAGGAGAUCUUCACACCCUGGCACGACUGCACUGAGGAUGCUGUCAGCACAGACCUCAUCUAUCACCAGCUCAUCCGAGGGAUUAAAUAUGGGGAAUAUCAGUAUGAAAAGGAAGAAGAACUGGGAGAUAUUGCUGCUAAACACUAUUACGUGGAGUUUGGAAUGAACAUGAGCACUGAGAAAGCACUGAAGGUCAUGUCUGCCUGUGUCCCAGAUAAACUCAUCAAGAGCAAAUCAGGAGAUAAAUGGUGCCAACAGAUAACCACAACUCAUGCCAAGGCAUUCAGCAUCAAUAGACCAACAACGCUCGAGCUCAAGGAACAGCUGGUCAAUUUUGCUCGCUUGAAGUGGCCGCUUAUGUUCUCUAGAUUUUUUGAAGCGUCAAAGUUUUCAGGACCCAGCCUGCCAAAGAACCAGAUAGUGUUGGCCGUUAACUGGGUAGGUGUUGCUUUUGUUGAUGAAAAGGAAAGAAUCCUUUUGAAACGAUCCUUCCCAGAAAUUAUCGGCGUAAACACAAACAGGGCUGCGAAGCUGUGUGGACAGAGCAUCACUCUGAACACACUGCAAGGGGAGGAGUACACUCUGACAUCGGGAUACGCAGAAGACGUUGCUGAUCUGAUAGUGAUGUUUCUAAACGGUUUGAAGAAGAGGGCAGAAUACGCAGUAGCGAUCCACAGCAGCCCGAGAAAAGAUGAUCCCAUAUUCCUAAAAAUUGAGAAAGGUGAUUUGAUUACGUUGUUUAAAGACGAGGAGAUAUCUGAGCACAGUGCCUGGGUUCAAGGGAGGAAUGAACGCACCAACCAAUCUGGCAAUGUCUCUCUGGACCUUAUCUGGAUCAUUCCUACUCUUAUGAAACCCUCACCGGAAGUGCUGAACUUGAUACUUAUGUCCCCUGAUCAACGGCGAGAAGCAGCACGAAAGGUGGAGGAGCCAGACGUGAAGAUCAAGCUAUAUACACUAGAGGAAUUCUCCUAUGAUCAUUUCAGACCUCCAGCAAAAGAGUCUGUGAGCAGAGUGGUGCUUCCAAAGGCUCGAGCAAAGGACCGAAUUUGGGCUUGUUCUCGUGAACCUCUCAAACUCCCUUUACUGAAGAGAAUCUGCGCAGAUCCAGACAUGGUGCGGGAGGCCUGCCAAGCUUUCAUUGCCAUAAUGAAGUAUAUGGGGGAUUAUCCAGCCAAGCAAGCCAAGGCAGCCAGUGAGUUGACCGAUCAGAUUUUCUUUGCAGCAAUGCAGGAGGAAUCAAUCCAGGAUGAGAUCUACUGCCAGAUCCUGAAGCAGAUGACAGAUAACAACAACAGGUACAGUAUUGAAAUGGGUUGGCAACUGCUGUGGCUUUGUACCGGCCUCUUCUUUCCCAGCCCAGUGCUGCAACCUCACGUCCAGAAGUUCCUGGAAACACGUCGGAAGGACCAGCUAGCUGCUGAAUGUAUUCAGCGAUUGCACAAAAUUAAGAGGAGUGGUGCUCGUAAGGAGCUGCCCCACAUGGUGGAGGUGGAGGCCAUCCAGCACUGGAGCACCAAGAUCCUACACAAGAUCUACUUCCCGAAUGACACCAGCGAGAUUUUCGAGGUUUUCACCAGCACCAAAGCGAAAGAACUCUGUGCAAAUAUCACCAAGAAGUUGAACCUCAACGCUUCUGAUGGCCUCAGUCUGUUUGUGAAAGUGGCUGACAAGGUGAUGAGUAUUCCUGAAGGGGAUUUCUUCUUUGAUUAUGUGAGGAAAGUGACAGAUUGGGCAAAGAGAGACAAGCCAGUAAAGGACGGUGCAUCUGUCUCAAUGCCAUACCAGGUGUUGUUCUUGAGGAAGCUGUGGCUGAAUAUAGUUCCUGGUCGGGAUCUCAAAGCAGAUUUGAUCUUCCAUUUCCCACAGGAACUACCGAAAUACUUGCGAGGUUACCACCAGUGCACUAAGGAAGAUGCAGUUCAGAUGGGUGCAUUCCUUUAUAAAGCAAAGUUUGACAACGACAGGUUCCAGUUUGUUAAUAUUCCUAAAAUGCUGAAGGAGUUGGUUCCUGAAGACAUGGUUCGGGCGAUGUCAGCAGAGGAAUGGAAGAAGGCAAUUGUCGCGGCAUACAACAAACACGCUAGUAAAUCAACAGAAGAUGUGAAGGUGUCUUUUCUCAAAUUCGUGUUCCGUUUGCCCACUUUCGGAUCAGCUUUCUUCGAAGUGAAGCAAACCUCUGAACCUGGUUUUCCAGAAAUUGUGCGGAUAGCCAUCAACAAGCAAGGAGUGAUACUGAUGAACCCCAGAACAAAGGAAACUUUAGUGACUCAUCCGUUUAACAAAAUCUCCAACUGGUGCAGCGGAAGCACGUACUUCCACAUGUCAGCGGGCAAUCUGAUGCGAGGUGGAAAGCUUCUCUGUGAGACUUCUCUGGGUUACAAAAUGGAUGACCUCCUGACAUCCUACGUCAGCAUGUAUUUACCUUCUGUUAAACAACGAACAGCCCGAUACGCAGCCUGAUGUGAAAUGGGAUGCUUUGGACUCAAAACUACUAGUGCCAUGGAAAUGCUCAGAAUAAAGGUGCCUUUCCUCCUCUUUUCCCCCCAAUUCUUACCCACCCGUCGAAUCCCGGUAGAAUUGUACUUGAAAUCAACCUGUGAGAAUACUGUGGAACAGCAUUUUUCUAACAGACAAUGUGAUCAGAGUUCAAUCAAUUGUGACUUGCUCCUGAAGUGAUUGAUAUUGAUAGAUUUUUUUUUAAUCGAGGCCUUGGCCCCUUUUUGUGCUUUUAAACAUUUUCCUCUGCUCCCUACUCUGUGUUUACCCAAACCCACAUAAAUAGACCUCCACCUACCCAUUAGCCCUAUUAUUACUCACCACAGCACCGCUACACUCUCAUCAUUACACAUUAUUAUUAUUAUAUGUACCCUUACCCACAUUACCUUUCACAGCAGAGACAAAGGGCCACAGGGUUUGCCUUCAUGUACAGUAUAUAUUUAUAUAAAGAUAGCCAUUGUGUAAAAUACAUACAGUAACUUACAUACUGUCAGAAAAAAACAUUGGAUCCCUAAUGUAUACAAAGCAGAAAAAGCAAAUACAGGUAAAGGUGGUGUCAAUGUAGAACAUCUUUCAUGCCGUCUAUGUGGACAGUUGUACCCUGAAUAUCUGUAGCUGAUCAUUCACCCUGUCUGAAGGAGUGAAAGCCAGUCUACGUGCACUUGAACAUUUAUGUGGGGCCCAGUCUGAUUACAUAGCUGGGCAGUUUCCAACAACAUGACUGCAGAUGUCUGCAAAUGGGGCCUAGGGAACAUGGAUGUAUGUGUACAAUUAUAGAUCUGUGUGAUUCCCAAGUGUCCAACUGUGGACAAGUCCGACUGGGAGCAAUUGUGGAACUGUUCAGUUUUCACCACCUGUGAUUAUGAUGAUCCCAUGUGAUUUUUUUAACUUGUGUGCUCAGUGAGAGAGAAAAUAUACUGAGCUGUAGACUUCAAUCCCCAUCGAACCAGAAGAUGGGUUCAAUGAAUCAUUUUGUAUUUUCAAUUCAACGGACAGUGUGCUAAGUGGAAAUAUGUGGUUUUACUGUGUUAUCAUCUGAACUCAGCCUUUCAGAGAGCCUAGGACACUGUUUUCUCUGUAUGGAUUCAUUGCCUUUCAUUAUACGGAAUUCAUUGAACGUGUCAAUAUUACUGCAUUGCUGAAUUUCUAUGACUCGUGCAUUGUUUAGUGCUGCGGCCAAGAUUCUUUGUAUUUGGGAAUCAUGAAAUAAAAUAGUUUCAAAAUGAAA